ACCAGCACCUUGUUUGAUCUCCAUUGGAAGCGUCCGUCUUUCCUCCAUUAUUACGCAAUGACUCAAGCACGACCGUUCAAGAAGGUUAUUGUUGUCGGCGCAGGUCCAGCCGGCUUGCUGCUGGCUAUCCUGUUGGCCAAGGACGGCGUCCAAGUCCAAGUCCUGGAAGCGGCCGGUGAUGUCGAUCGCAGGCCGAGGGCGGCGUACUACGGAACCGCCUCGAUUCCCGACCUGAAGCGAGCGGGAGUCCUGGACGAGAUUCGAAGCCUCGGGUUCCCGCCCACAAGCUUCACGUCGCGACAGUUCGGCGGCGACUACACCUGUCUCGGCCUUCUGGACACCAACAUCAUCGCCGACGUCGACGGCCAGGACUUGAGGUCGGCCUGUCUUCCGCAGCAGGACCUGCUUGAGAUCCUCGUGCGCCGGGUCGAGAGCAACCCCCUUGCCAAGAUUUCUUGGAAGCACAAGGUUCUCGGUGUCGGCCAUAACCAGCAAAGUGCCUGGGUCGACGUCGAGACGCCCGAGGAGGGAAAGACAACGAUCGAGGCGGACUACGUCGUGGGCUGCGACGGGGCACAUAGCGUCGUCCGGAAGAGCCUGUUCGGUGAUGAGUUUCCCGGAACCACAUGGGAUGUGCAGCUGGUUUCCACCGACACGUACUAUGAUCUUGAAAAGUUUGGUUUCACGCACGCAAACUUCGUUUCCCACCCAAAGAAUUUUUUCAUAGCGGCCAAGCUCAACAAUGAAGGACUUUUCCGCAUCACCUACGCGGAACCAGUCGACAUGUCGUACGAGGAGGUGGAGAAGAGGCUUCCUAAGCGUCUGGAGGAGAUCCUGCCAGGAAACCCAAAGCAGGGAACCUACAAGAUGUUGGGAUGGGCUCCCCACAAGAUCCAUCAGAGAUGCGUACCGUCCAUGCGUGUGGGACGCAUCAUGGUGGCGUCUGACGCCGCCCACCUGUGCAACCCGUUGGGUGGGUUGGGCGUCACCGGCGGCAUGGUCGACGUGGGUGGGCUCGCCGAUUGCCUUCUUGGCAUCUGGCACGGCCAUGCCGACGAGUCCAUCCUGGACCUCUGGAGUGAGAAGAGGAAGGAGAAGUGGUACAAAAUCACAGACAAGGUAACGACUGAUAACUUCAUGAAGACCACCUGCAGAUACCCCCUGGAAAAGCUCCGCCAGAGACCAGAAUGGACAAAGAGCGAUGAAGCGCGGAAAGAGUUCCUUCUUCAAAGACUUGGGUUGCGAUAUGACUUCACCCAGCAUUACAUCAAGGCCACUGCUGUUUAAGAGUUGGACUUUAGAAAUAUUUUAAAAAUCACCCUG